AUGGCCCCCUCUCUUCCCCCAAUCUCCUCCCUCCCCCACGCCCCCGACCAAACCCUAACCUCUACCCUCGACCUCCUCUUCGAGCCCAGCCCCGCCCUCCACACCCUUUCCCUCCCCGUCCUGCGCAGCACUACCUUCCCUUCCUACCCCGUCCUCAUCGCCGCCGUAGGAACGCAACUCCGCGCUCUAGCCGCCUCAUCUACCGCAGAGGACGCACAGCGCUUGCAAGAGAUAUUGUGUGCGCAUCCGAGACUCGGAGCGAAGAAAGUAGAAAGCGAGCAGAGUCGGGCUGAGCAGGCGAAUUUGGCCGGCGAGGGCGAGGAACUCAAGAUCUUGAAUGAGGAAUAUGAGGCUGUCUUUCCCGGGUUGAGAUAUGUUGUCUUUGUGAACGGCCGUUCACGCCCCGAAAUCAUGCACAACAUGCGUGACCGCAUUGCACGCGCCGAUAUCGCCGCUGAGCGCCAAGAAGCUAUACAAGCCAUGUGCGAUAUUGCCCUGGAUCGCGCGGGCAAGUUGCAACAACAACAGCAGUAAGAAGUAGCAGUCAGUCAUAUAUGUAUGUGAUUACGGGCCAUAGAUUAAUAAAAAGAAAACGCAAAAAAUCCUACUACAGUGGGAAAUCGUAAAGCAUAAAAAAAGUUAAACCCAACUCAUGUUCAUUUUUUGAUCAAGAAAAUUUGGGAAUU